AUGGCCUUGGAUACUAAAAGCAAGCUCAGAUUCGUUGAUGGAAGCAUCAAUGCUUCAAUGGCAAUCACUCCACUCGAGAAGCAAGCUUGGUCGAAGUGCAAGAUUUCCUCUUGGAUCUUGAAUUCAGUUUCACCUCACAUCACAGCUAGUGUUAUCUACAAAGACACAACAUUUGAGGUUUGGAAUGCUUUCAAGAAUUGGUUUUCUCAAGCCAAUGGACCGAGAAUUUCACAGUCUCAAAAGCAAAUUUUCACUUUUCUUAAUGGAUUGAAUGAUUCCUAUUCACAAGUUAGAACUCAGAUCCUCAUGAUAGAGCCUAUUCCUUUGAUAGAUAAGACUUUUACAUUGGUGAUUCAAGAAGAAAGGCAAAGAUUUUUGGAAUUCAAUAAUUAUAAAGGGAAUACUGGGAAAGGAAGGCCUGUGUGUAGCCACUAUGGCAAACUUGGCUACAUCAUGGAGAAAUGCUAUAAGCUAGUUGGUUAUUCUUCUAGUUACAAGCAAAAAGGAAAACCUGCAAUGGCUAAUCAGCUAAUUCUGCCAUCAAUCCCAAUGCUCUCUCAGCUUAUUUCAUCUCCACCUAUUCCUGCAACUAAGCUUAUUCCAUCUCCAUCUAUCCUUACAGCUAACCCUAUUCUUCCACCUGAUCCUAUUCCUCCAACUUCUUAA